AUGUGUGGCUAAAUAAUAUAAGCUAUGAAGGAGAAUGACAAAAAUAAAUAAAUGGAUUUGGUCAAAACACUUGGGGCUAAUGGCAGAAAAUAUGUGAAAAAAGUAAUUUAUUCUUUAUAUUAAGUAUUGUUUCUGUCUGGCUAACAAAUAAAGUUUAUUUGUCAAAUUUUUUUUCAACUUUAGGGCUAAUAUUUUUUUACUAAAGCUAAAAGCUAUCUGA